CGCAGCCGGGGCGCGCCAGUCGGCCCUGUCCCCAAAACACGCUGCCUCGGGCCGUGCCAGGCCUCUCGUCAGGCCUCGACCCCGGCCACUCCCAGUCCAGAUCCGCGAAACGCUCCUCUUCGGGGUCCCUGCAGCGCCGCCUGCCCCGGAAGGCAGUCAUGUUGGACGGACUGAGCUCCCUGCCCACGCAGAUGGAUUAUAAGGGUCAGAAGUUAGCUGAACAGAUGUUUCAGGGAAUUAUUCUUUUUUCUGCAGUAAUUGGAUUUAUCUAUGGAUAUGUGGCUGAACAGUUUGGAUGGACAGUCUAUAUUGUUAUGGCUGGAUUUGCUUUUUCGUGCUUGCUGACACUUCCUCCGUGGCCCAUAUAUCGCCGACACCCCCUCAAAUGGCUCCCUGUUCAAGACUCAGGCUCAGAAGACAAGAAACCAGGAGAGAAAAAAAUAAAAAGGCAUCCUAAAAAUAACUGAAACACGUUACAUGCUUCAACCUUACAACAGUCAUUCUGUUCUUUGUGAAAUCUUAAUUUGUCAUAUCCAAAAUGCAAAAUAAAACUACCUACAUUAUUAUUGCA